AUGGCGGAUGAUUCUGCUCCUAUACCUUUGUGGGCGUCCGAAUUAAAAUACGCUAGCUGCUGGAUAUGUUCAGAAGAGGAAGUGCGCGCUUCAGAUCGCAUUCAGGUACACCUGUUCCCUGGUCAUAGCACCGGGUUGGAAUCACGCUCUCGUUUUAUUCACCCUUGUAAAUGUUCACUGAUUGCGCAUGAAAAGUGCUUAUUAUCUUGGAUUCGACAGCAUAGUCAUGAUCGACCUGGCACAGAGAUUAUGUGUCCCCAGUGUAAAGCACCAUACCAGCUAGAGCAGCCGCGCUCGAUUUUGUUAUCUUCGCUAGAAUACGUAUCGUCAUUGAUUCGGUCGGCCAUGCCGGUUGGUGCCUCUGCUCUAGCUGUAGCUGGUGUCUGGCUAAUGGCGACAGCGCAUGGUUCGUGGUCCGUUCGAAUGUUUCUCGGAGACAGAGUGGCGCGGCGGUUCCUCAAGUUUCCCUGGCCCUUGCAUUACUGGAUUGAUUUGCCACUGAUACCAUUCAUGCUAAUUGGAAGCCGUUUGCCUGUUUUUGCCAAUCUUACGACAUGGCUUCCUACAUUGGCGUUUAUGCCUCUGACAGACACACUGAACCCAAGGCCUGUUCGAUUCCGGGCGACGACUCGUAUGUUUGCAUCUCGGAAUUAUCCACCCGAUCUCAUGAUGACAGCACUAGCGCUGCCAUGGCUUCGGAUCAUGUACUUGGCGUGCAAGCGGUUUGUGUAUCGUCAAUUGCUGUUGUCACGGCCGCAGCGACCUGUGUCCAAUGCCAACCGAGGAUCGCGCAUGGUACUAAUGGGUGAUCAGCCAAGUUUUGGUGUUCUCAUCGACAGCCAAGAAGCGGCCAUGGAUACUUACGAGACACUGGAUGAUGGCACGUUGGUUGGUACAGGUCUAGCUAAUGAUCGGGACGACGAUCAGGUCCUUUUGGAGGACUUGGACUUGUAUGUGAUGGAGCAUCAGCGGGUGCCAGUCAAUAUUUUUGUAACGGUCGAGAGCUUGUCCAAACUUUUUGUCCAAGCGCUUGGUUUUCCUCUCGUUGCCAAUGUGGCUGGUGGGUUUUUGGCGGGACUCGCGCGCUACAGUGAUGUGAUACGAAGAUGGCUUGGCAUUGCGCCUGGUGUGGUGCCUGAAAAUGACUUGGCAAAUUGGCUCAAGAUUCUUCGAUCUGGAUGGAUGGACCCUGGACAGCGGCGUCUGUAUGCGGCAUGGAGAGAUCAGGAAGCUAGUUUCAUGCUGGAUGACUUGGACCCUGUGUGGUUCCGCAACCUGCUUGGUGGUGGUAUGUACAUUGUGGUCAAAGACAUGUUUGUGCUGCUGUAUCGAUAUCUUCGCAAGCAGCAGCGACAGCAGCUACGAAUCAAAGACUUGCCCUUCAGUGAGGGCGUUGCACGCGAACUGAGCAAGGCACAAGUAUAA